CUAAGCGGUACUCGUUGUCACUUCACUCACAGUACCGUAAGUUAGGUUUCAGUAACGUUAUAACGUUAUAGGUUGUUCACGGACAACCUGGCCCACUCCAGUGUAGUUCAGUAGUUGUCUGGGUGCUACAAUGACUGAACAGCCAAACACUGUGCGGAAUAAAGUUGGAAAAUGUCUGUUGCACAACUGGACAGAAGAGAGGCUCGUUGCAGAUCUUGACACAGAGGAGACGAAGACACAGAUCCAGAGACAUGGACACAGGGGGAUUCUCACGAUUGACCAGGAGUCUAAACUGGAGAACGUCACCACGUUUAAAGCAGCUUACGUCCCUCCCAAGAGUCCCGGGGUGAGGCUGCGGGGUGUCAGAAGCGAGCUUUUGGAAAAACACGUCGCCCAGAUGAUAAGUGAGCAGAUUCAUGCUGAGCGGACACCACCGACUCCCAAAACUGAAUUCUGCUCCACAACUCAGACAGAUUUCUGUGUGGAGGGAUUUGUGCCUCUCACCCCUGAAACAACACAAGUUUAUGAUUAUAAGACUGACCAGGCCGUCACAUUUUGGAGUGAAAAUUACCAGCAGAUACAGGGGGUGACCGCCGUACAGACCCUGAAAGCACCUUUCAGGAAGUCAGCCCUGUUCAGCACCCCCAUCAGUGAGCGGCUGGAUGAAAUCGAUCUCCCACCUGAUAACUGAGACAGUAUGUCAGAUUCUCCCAUUACAACACUUCAUUAGCAGUUGAUAUUAAAGAGCUAAUCCACUUUAAAGGCGGUCAUUGUCGAACCUGAAAACAAGCACAGAAUCUUCUCUUGAGAACAGUGCUGUCUAGUAUAUCUUCACUACAUAUGUAUAUACAAAUGCUUAUUACAAUGAAAUGAAAUACCAGGAAUCUACAGCAGACACUGAGCUGAUGUUAUGUUGACAAAUCACAGACAGCAGUACACUGACAUUUGGACUUUAAACCUGCCAAAUAAACUAUCCCUGAACCUGAUAAAACACACUAACAGGUUCUUCCAUGUUUGGUUUUCUGAAAAUAAUUAUUUACGGUAUCUGUCAGC